AUGCUUCAUUCACUUCUCCAUCUCAAAAGACUGAUUCACUGCGUUGGUACUGAUGGAGGAGCUGAGAAACUGUGGGCGCUGUUGGUGGAGAAGGACAAGGCGCUACAACGCUCUCGUGAAGAGGAAGUUAAACUGCGAAAUCGCGUAUCUCAGCUGCAGGCCGAUAUGGAAAACACCGAAAAGGUCUCCUUAGACUUUGUACGCCUCUCCCAACACCUCCAGGUGCGGUCCGUUUUCACCUAUAUGAUUUGCUAUAGGAUUUCAAGUCGUUACUUCUAUCUCUUCCGCUUCCUUAGCAAGCGUCGUUCU